AUGGCAACAACGAUUACAUCAUCAACAAAUACUACUCGUGUAACAAAUAUUUCUAUAUCCAAUACUUCCAAUGAUAAUAAUGAAGAAGAUCAAUUAAAUCGUAUUAAUUUACAAGCAUUACAAAAUCGUGAUCCAUAUAUAUCAAAAAUUGUUGAUCAAGCUCAACGUGUUUGUGUUUAUAAAUUCAUAGCUGAAAAACGUGAAUGGGAACGUAAAGAACUUGAAGGAACAUUAUUUGUUUAUGAAAGAAUGUGUGAACCUUUUCAUGGUUUUGUAAUAUUAAGUACAGUAUCACGUGAAACAUUUGUACAAAUUAUAAAACCAACGAUGGAAUUUAAACAUACACCUACUUAUGAAGCAUUUCUUCAAUAUAAAGUCGAUGUUGGAGAUAUUUAUGGAAUAUGGUUUAUUUCAAAAAAUGAUUGCCCUCGUGUAACUGAAUGUUUAAAACAUUUAACACAAAAAGCAAAAGAAUAUGAACAAUCAAAACCUAAUCAAAAUCGUCCUUUACCACCGUUACAAAAAUCAAGUGAUAUUAUAUCAUUAUUAAACAAUGCUCAAGAUAAAUUUGAAGAAACUGUAAAUUGA